UAGCCUCCCUCUACAUGCUGUAUAUAAGCGCCAAAGCUCGCAGUAAUCCCCCACAGGCAUACAAGAGUUACUUUCACACACUCUGGCCUUCUUCUUUCUUCGAGAAGCACUGAUUUGACGAAGAUGAAGUGCACUUUUGGAAUCCUUCUCUGUGUCGCAGGUGUGGUGAUGGGACGGGACUCCACCAUCAGCAGCGCCAACGGGGGCCCCUGGGGAGACUGGGGAGAAGCAUCUUUCUGUCCCAGAAACAGUUACGCCACCGGCUUUGAUAUUAAGGUGGAACGACCAGUCAGCGACGGGGACGACACCGCCUUGAACGGGAUCAGACUCUACUGCAGGUCUGGGUUGACCGGGCUUGAGGUGGCCACCGUUUCUUCCAGUGUUCAGAAAUGGGGCGAUUGGACAGGUAAAUAUCAAUGCCGCAACGGCCGCUUGAAUGCCUUCAGACUGCGUGUCGAGUCGCAUCAAGGCAGCGGAGACGACACUGCAGCCGACAGCUUGGACAUGCGCUGUGAGACCGGGGAAGAACUCACCGGAGGAGGCAACAGCUGGGGCACAUGGGGCUCUUGGCAGACCUGCCCAAGUGGCCAAGUGAUCUGCGGACUGCAGACCCGGGUUGAGAAAGAGCAAGGUAAGGGCGACGACACAGCUCUCAACGAUGUCACAAUCUACUGCUGCUCGUAGGAGGUCCACAACGAUAAGCCACACAUCUUUCUCAAGAUUUCCAAAAUGAUCUUUUAGAAGUGUAUUAAUAAGAGCAAUACGAGGCUCGCUCGCUCAUGUGAGCUUGAGGAAGUGGACGUGAUAGAAAGAUAUCUUCCUGAAUAUAUUUGGAAAACAAGGGCAUUUUGAAACUUUUGUUGUAUCCUAUUAAGGACGAUAGCUGGGUAUCUUGUUUACCUAAAAAAAAAAAAAUACAGGUAGGGAGAGAUAUGGUGGAACACAGCAACGUUGACAUGUGUCAUUUCAACUACUGAAGAUAAACCCUUGUAAUGCCUCUUGAGAAAGGUACGACUGUCUUAUACUCUUGCUGGGGAGAAACCUUUGUAAUGCCUAUCUGCAGAAUCAUGGAUCUGCCUUAUAUCCUUAUCUAAGUUCACAACAUGUGAAGCAGAGAGGUGGCAUAUAUGAUGUAAUAAAUUUGUAUUUAAACUUCAAUAUUAAUGAGACCAUCAUUCUUGGCUAUGUAGACAUUUAUCGCGAGAAAAUUAUUUUGUGCCAAAUAUAUAUAUAUUGAUCCACUGCUGAAGAAAUGAAUAUUUGUAUUCAU